AGACUAUGGAAAAUGCAUCCCACGUUACAUCAUUUGUAUUGGCUGCAUAUGGUGAAAUGGGAUACCUUCAGUAUUUAUAUUUUUUUAUUUUACUUGUAUUUUUUCUGAUAAUAAUUUGUGCUAAUGUUACUCUAAUAGUAGUUAUAUGUGUAGAUAUUAGUCUGCAUAAGCCCAUGUACAUAUUUCUGUGCAGUUUAUCAAUUAAUCAAUUGUAUGGAAGCACUGCCUUGUGCCCUUCUCUUUUAGUUCACAUUUUGUCAAACAGCCAUGACAUUUCUCGAGGCGUUUGUCUGCUACAGAUUUUUUGUUUACACACAUAUGGAGGUUGUGAGUUAUCAAAUUUAGCAGUGAUGGGUUAUGACAGGUAUGUGUCUAUUUGUCACCCUUUACAUUACAACAGCAUCAUGUCUCCUUCAAGAGUUUAUAAACUUAUUGCCUUCAUCUGGCUGUUUCCUAUUUGUACUUUUGGUGUGAAUUUCAUAUUAACUAUUAGAUUACCAUUGUGUGGAAGUAUCAUAGAAAAGGUUUAUUGUGACAACUUUUCAGUGGUCAGACUUAGCUGCAUAAAUACAAACAUUGUUAAUAUUGCUGGGCUAAUAAUGCUAAUUUUUAAUCUUGGUCUUCCAUGUGUUUUGAUUUUCUAUUCAUAUGCGAAAAUACUCAGAAUCUGCCUAAAACCUUCCAAGGAAUCCCAAACUAAAGCUCUAAGGACAUGUGUUCCCCAUUUAGUGACAAUAAUCAACUAUAUGACUGCAUGUCUUUUUGAAUUAAUUCAGAACAGAUUCAAUAUGAGCCACGUGCCCUAUACAGUUCGUAUAAUAAUAUCACUAUACUUCUUGCUAUUUACGCCUCUGCUAAAUCCAAUUAUUUAUGGAGUGAAGAUGCAAAGCAUAAGAAACAAGCUUAAAAAAAUGAUAUGUGCAAGAAAACUGGCCCCAGAACUAGAAAUAUCUUCAGUGUGUCAAACAUAAAUAUUGUUUGUCUUAAUUAAAAAUAGAUAUAUAUUUAUAAUAUAGUGCUGAUCCCAGGUAAGCCAAAUAUUUGUAUAAUCUGAUGUAUUUCUUCAUGUAGUUUAUAGAAUAAUAAUUGUUUUGCUGAGCCACUUACAUUUUAUAAUACAUACAUACUAGGGUAAAGCAUUUUACUAUUUGGAGGUCUUCUGUAAACUGCUUUAGUGCCACUACUGUGGUGCAUGUGGUGCUAUAUAUAGAUAGAACAUCACCUGUUUCCUAAUGACAAGCUAGGCAAUGUGGCUUUUAUGUUUAUGUAUAGUUCUAGAUUGUGUGUUGAAAAUCUGGUGUUUGAAGUUUUCUAUGGUGCCCCACUGCCCCUUUUAAAAAGAUGCACCCCUUCCCUCAGGAACCUUUACACUGGCACACACCUGGAGACAAACACUUUGUUUCUGGCAAUAAUGUAUAUAUAAUGGGGGCCCCCAUUUAUUAUUUUUUUUUUGCAGGGUGCCCCAAAAUUGCUUGA